AUGUGUGGCGCGACGGCAAGGUGCGCGCUGUGCGGCGCGCCGGCGGACGUGCACUGCGCGGCCGACGCGGCGUUCCUCUGCGCGCCCUGCGACGCCAGGGUCCACGGCGCCAACUUCCUCGCCUCCCGCCACCGCCGCACGCGCGUCUACGCGCACAAGGCUGCGACGGAGGAGGAGGAGGCCCUGUCCGGGAUGACCACGUCCAGCUCCUGCGUGUCCACCGCCGACUCCGCCACAACGGCGACGACGGCGGCGCCGCUGGGGCGGAGGCCCAAGAUCAGGAGCAGCCCCCGCGCGCGGGGUGAGGAGGUGCUCGAGGGGUGGGCCAAGAAGAUGGGCCUUCCGGCGGCGGUGGCGCGCAGGCGCGCCGCGGCGGCCGCGCGCACGCUCCGGGCCGUGGCCGCGGCGCCGAGGAGGGUGCCGCUGCGCGUCGCGAUGGCGGCCGCGCUGUGCCUGGAGGUGAUGGCGGCUCACGUCGGCGGCGCCCACGAGGCCGGCGACGCGCUACGGCGGCUGGAGGCGUGCGCGCACGUGCCGGCGAGGGUGCUCGUGGAGGUGGCUUCGUCCAUGGGCCGCGCGCGCGCCAGCAGACCGGCCGCCGCCGCCGUGGACGCCGAGGAGGGCUGGGGCGAGUGCCCGUGA